GCCAAAGGCGUCCUAACGCAAAAACUGGGACCUUGGCGUCGGCCGGUGGCCUACCUGUCCAAAAAGCUAGACCCAGUGGCAGCUGGGUGGCCCCCUUGCCUACGGAUGAUAGCAGCCAUUGCCGUUCUGACAAAAGAUGCAGGCAAGCUAACCAUGGGACAGCCGCUAGUCAUCCUGGCCCCCCAUGCAGUAGAGGCACUAGUCAAGCAACCCCCUGACCGCUGGCUAUCCAACGCCCGCAUGACCCACUAUCAGGCGAUGCUCCUAGAUACGGACCGGGUCCAGUUCGGACCGGUGGUAGCCCUAAACCCGGCUACGUUGCUCCCCCUACCGGGGAAAGAGCCUCACCAUGACUGCCUCGAGAUCUUGGCCGAGACACACGGAACCAGACCAGACCUCACGGACCAGCCCCUCCCAGACGCCGACCACACCUGGUAUACAGAUAGAAGCAGCUUCCUGCAAGAGGGACAACGUAGGGCUGGAGCAGCGGUGACCACCGAGACCGAGGUAAUCUGGGCCAAGGCGUUGCCAGCCGGGACAUCCGCCCAGCCAGCUGAACUAAUAGCACUCACCCAGGCCCUAAAGAUGGCAGAAGGUAAGAAGCUAAAUGUUUAUACUGAUAGCCGCUAUGCCUUUGCUACCGCCCAUGUCCAUGGAAAAAUAUAUAGGAGACGUGGGUUGCUCACCUCAGAAGGCAAGGAGAUCAAGAACAAGGGCGAAAUCUUGGCCUUACUGAAAGCUCUCUUUCUGCCCAAAAGACUCAGUAUAAUUCACUGCCCAGGACAUCAGAAAGGCAAUAGUGCUGAAGCUAAAGGCAACCGAAUGGCGGACCAGGCAGCCCGGAAAGCAGCCAUGGGGACUGACACAAAGGCCUCCUCACUUCUCAUAGAGACCUCAACCCCGUACACUCCAGACUUCUUCCAUUAUACUGAGACAGAUAUAAAGAACCUACAAGAGUUGGGAGCCACAUAUGAUAGAGAGAAAAAAUAUUGGGUCCUGCAAGGUAAACCUGUGAUGCCUGACCAGUUCACCUUUAAAUUAUUAGACUUCCUUCACCAGCUCACCCACCUUAGCUAUCAGAAGAUGAGGGCACUUCUAGACAGAAAAAAAAGCCCCUAUUACAUGCUAAAUAAAGAUAAGAUCCUCCACGAGGUGGCGGAAUCAUGCCAAGCCUGUGUCCAAGUAAAUGCCAGUAAAGCUAAGGUCGGUCCCGGGGUGCGAGUAAGAGGACAUCGACCAGGCACCCAUUGGGAAAUUGACUUUACUGAAGUAAGGCCCGGACUGUAUGGGCAUAAGUAUCUUCUGGUGUUUGUAGACACGUUCUCUGGCUGGGUGGAAGCCUUCCCAACCAAGCAUGAGACUGCCAAAGUUGUGACCAAAAAGCUUCUAGAAGAAAUAUUUCCAAGGUUUGGAAUGCCCCAAGUAUUGGGGACUGAUAAUGGGCCUGCCUUCGUCUCCCAGCUCACUUACAGGCCCUCCAAGCAGUACAACGAGAGGUCUGAAAGCCUCUGGCCGCUGCCUAUCAGGACCAACAAGACCAGCCUGUGAUACCACACCCCUUCCGUGUCGGCGACACCGUGUGGGUACGCCGGCACCAGACUAAGAACUUGGAACCUCGCUGGAAAGGACCCUGUAUUCUCAACCGCUUGGUCCAGUUUGUAAAAGACAGAAUUUCGGUAGUGCAGGCCCUGGUUUUGAC